UGAGGUUGUCCUUGGCUACAGAGGUAGUGGACAACACCCAAACUGGGAUGCAUUGCCUGAAGUUUGGAUCUGGCAGCACAGAGUUGAAGAUGAUGCAGCAGACGAAAUGCGGGAGCACAAUCAUGGCUGAGUUUCAUGGUGUCACAGAUAGCUCUUCGCGUUUGGUGAAGCUGGUGGAAGGUAGCAACCAGUGUCUACAAGAGGCCAUGCUGGGAGAUCUUCCGAUCGGUAUCCACAGCACCUGUUCAUCAGGCGCCACAGCACAGCAAAUCCCCAUGGAAGAUUUGCCAGGAAUGUUAUGGAGAAUCCAUACGAAAGACCACGAGCAAGCAGGUCAUCGUUUGAGUCCGUCACUGAUUGACUGCUGGGGCCGCGGUGCCAUCGGCAAAGUGGAGAUGAUGCAUCUCUUCAACACCAACCGGGCUCAAACUGCUGCUUACGUUGGCCGUGUCCGUGUGCCAGGGUUAAUCGUAGCUCAAGGCAACAACCAGUGGCACAGGCUCUCAGCAAACACUGGAUUUGGAUGGAGAAAGUCCGAUUAUCCAGAUGCCACAGAGACACGCAUGUGUCUGACAUAUAGCGAUCAUGCCACCAGCAGUGAUGGGAACUUGAAAGUGCGCCUCAGAAGAGUCGACGGUGCUGGAGGAACUGUGUAUUUUACGGACUCCUUUGCGAUAACUUGGUCUGGCACAGGCCUGUUUCACCAUGUUUGUGGUCCGUGGCAUGCUAUUUCGACGAUCAGCUGUGGCUACGGUUGGACUGAUACAUGUCAAGUGGAUUGGCUACAUAGCACCUGGAUGAGCAUCAAAACCGUGGAGUUGGAGUUUGGCAGCAGCAAUCCCAACCAUGCCAGGUUCUUUCGUGGGCGUAUGGAUCUCCCAGUCACUUAUGAUGGCACGCCAGCAGCCAACACUUGGACAUCUAUUGGGAAUUGGUUUUAUUUGGCCACCAACCAAUACGAUGGCAACUUCGUCCGGAUCUGUGUGGUGUUUACGGAUUCCUCCACCAGCGGAACAUUCUCGGUCCGUCUCAGGAAGGCAGAUGGCACGAUUUUUUUCACGGACAAUUUGGGUAACACGUGGUCAGGCAGCGGGCUGAUGCAUGCAGAGUGUGGCUCCUGGCAUUCCUCUAGCGGUAUCUCAUGCGGAUCCAGCUGGGGCAACACGUGUCAGCUGCAGAUGCUGCACACCCAAAAUGUGCACACCAAGGUAUAUGAAGCCGAUUUGGAGUUCAAGAGUGAUUCUACAUCGACCCCAACUGCAUAUUUGGGCAGAAUGAAGCUGGAUGCAUACGCAUCAACAACGGCAACCAGCAAUUGGUUCAGAAUCAGU